AUGAACUUAUGUUAUGUGCCUCCAAUAUUGAUAGAUGGCGAAAAGGUCAUCCAACUGGAGAAACAAGAGUUUGAGGCUGAAACAGUGAAAUGGAAGCAGGCAGUAGUUCUGUAUGUAGUUGGCGACUCUCUGUCCAUUGGUGCAGAGGAACGCUUCAUUGCUGCGAACUGGAACUUUGUGUCUAAGCCAAAAGUCUACUACCAUAACGAUGGAUAUUUUGUAAUACGAUGCAGUAGUAUAGAAGAUAGAGAUGAAGUGCUAUUCUCAGGACCGUAUACGAUGUCUAGCAGACCAGUCAUUGUUAAGGCAUGGUGUCCUAAUUUCAAUUUCAAUAAUGAGGUGUUGCGAAUGAUUCCCCUAUGGGUCAAACUACCAAACUUGCCGCUAAAUUGCUGGGGCAAUGACUCAUUAAGCAGAAUCGGAAGCGGAUUAGGCCGCCCCUUAUAUGCGGAUGAGUGUACAUCUUGUAUUGAUCGUAUUUCCUUUACGAGGAUUCUAGUUGAAAUGGAUAACACUCAAGUGUUGCCUGUUCACGUGAACGUGCAAGAUCCAAAUGGAAGGGUGUUUGAGCAGAGCAUAGAGUAUUAA